CUUCCCGUAUAUAGGAAGAGACUCCCUCUCGGUGCCUUCACUGAGGCAACAAGGAGGCGGGAAGGAAGCACCUGCUUCAUCGUUAUGACAAAAAGGAGUCAAACCUAGAAUCGGAUUAUUCGCUGCCACUGGCCUGUCAGAGAGAGAGAGAGAGAGGCAGAGGACCUCUAGAAGUGGGGGCUGCCCAGGAAACGGGGCUGACAUCUAGGAAGGAAGAGGAAAAAUUCCAGAGAGAGAGAGACUGAGAGAGAGACCCACCGCGCAGCCACGAUGUUUCCGAGGCUCUUCCACCAGUGGAGUUUCGUAGUCUUUCUUCUCAGUUCCUGCGUCCCCUCUUCGGGGAAAUCGCUGGAAGGGAACGGGCGCCGACUCAGCAAAAGGACUGUAUCGGAAUAUCAGCUGUUACAUGACAAAGGAAAGUCUUACCAAGAUAUGCGAAGACGAAAUUUCCUGCAAAAUCUAAUUGAAGGUGUAAACACAGCCGAGAUUCGGGCUAUGCCAGAGGUAUCACCAAAUCCUAAACCUGCCACCAUUGCAAAGAACUAUGCCAUUCGGUUUGGCAGUGAUGACGAAGGCAAAUACCUGACUCAGGAGACCAAUAAAACUCAGAUGUACAAAGAACAGCCUCUUAAGACACCAGGGAAGAAAAAGAAAGGAAAACCUGGGAAACGUAAGGAACAAGAGAAGAAAAAGAGAAGAGUUCGUUCGGCCUGGCUAAACUCCAGAGAUUCUGGAAGUGGAAUGGUACAAAUCCCGCUUUUGGACAUCUUUGCUACUACACAUAUUAAUAAAAGGAGGCGUUGACAUCUUCAGCUGAGAUAUUUGGAAAACACAUUGCAGUAUUCUGUAAUAGUGAACAUAUGCAAAGUGUUAGAAGUAUUUAUUAUCUGUAAAUAUUGUAUCAAAUAAAACCUUGGCCACAGAUGCUUUUCAAAACUGCACAUCUGAACAUUGUGAAUAUGGGGGGAUUUUUUUUGUGCUAUCUUCUUGUUACAUUUACCAUAAUUUAUUUUGUUGAAUAAUGUAUUUAUUUCUAUGAACUUUUAUCUUGGUGCUGCUGACUUCUAUAUUUUUGUAACAUAAUGCACUUUAGAUAUACAUGUCUUAAUAAGACAUAAAUAAACUAUUCCUAUUUUUAAAA